AUAUCACGUUCUGUCAACGUCUUUAUUCAUCAAGCCUAUGUGUAAAGAGAUGAUGGGAUGCCCCAAGAAAUCGAGAGUACAUGGUUUGUCAUAAGAAAAUGAAUAUUAGUACAGAUAAAUGUGCCAGCAUUUAAAGAUACGUUUACUGUCUGCAUGAGAGAGUGUCCGUUGACCCUGAAUUCCUAGACGGUGAAAAGAGCCAGUUUACCGGUGGGAGCAAAGCCGAGCUUGAGCUCUGUGUGGAAAGAUGUCGCCCGUGCAGAAAACGAUGUCUGAUCUUCGCUCCCGAGUGGAGGGGUACGAAAAGACAGAAGACACGGCAAUCUCAGAAAAGACCUCCUUAGCUGACCAAGAAGAUGCACGACUGAUAUUCCUCAAUCAGCCACAGUUUACCAAGUUCUGCAGCAAUCACGUCAGCACUGCAAAGUAUAAUGUCCUCACAUUCCUGCCUCGGUUCCUCUACUCUCAGUUCAGAAGGGCUGCCAACUCCUUCUUCCUCUUUAUCGCUCUCCUGCAGCAAAUUCCGGAUGUGUCGCCCACGGGUCGCUGGACUACCCUGGUGCCCCUACUCUUCAUCCUGGUGGUGGCAGCAGUCAAGGAGUUAAUUGAGGAUCUGAAACGUCACAACGCCGACAGUGUCGUCAAUAAGAAGGAAUGUCAAGUGCUGAGGAACGGUGCCUGGGAGAUCGUGCACUGGGCAAAGGUGGGCGUCGGGGAGCUAGUUAAAGCGGCCAAUGGGGAUCACCUGCCGGCUGACCUCGUCAUUCUGUCGUCCAGUGAGCCCCAAGGUAUGUGCUACAUUGAGACGUCAAACUUGGAUGGAGAAACAAACCUCAAAAUCCGACAGGGACUGCAAAUCACCUCAGAGAUCAAGGAUAUUGACAGCCUGAUGCGUCUCUCCGGGCGCAUGGAGUGCGAGAGCCCCAACCGCCAUCUGUAUGAGUUUGUGGGGAACAUCCGUCUGGAUGGACACAGCACCGUGCCUCUGGGUCCUGACCAGAUUCUGCUACGAGGUGCCCAGUUGAGAAACACCCAGUGGGUCCAUGGCAUCGUGGUCUACACCGGACACGACACCAAGCUCAUGCAGAAUUCCACACGGCCACCUCUGAAGCUGUCCAACGUGGAGCGCAUCACAAACUUCCAGAUUCUACUGCUGUUCGGCUGUCUACUGGCCAUCUCUCUGGUGUGCUCCAUCGGACAAACCAUCUGGAAGUACCAGUACGGCAAUGCAGCUUGGUACAUGGACUUGAACUAUGGCGGUGCGGCAAACUUUGGCCUCAACUUCCUCACCUUCAUCAUUCUCUUCAACAACCUGAUCCCCAUCAGUCUGCUGGUGACCCUGGAGGUCAUCAAGUUCACCCAGGCCUUCUUCAUCAACUGGGAUACAGACAUGCUGUAUGAGCCCACUAACACCCCAGCUGUGGCUCGCACUUCCAACCUGAAUGAAGAACUAGGACAGGUGAAAUACAUAUUCUCCGACAAGACGGGGACUCUGACCUGCAACGUGAUGCAGUUCAAGAAGUGCACCGUCGCCGGCGUGGCCUACGGUCACAUUCCCGAGGCUGAGGAUGGUAGUUUUGCAGAGGACGACUGCCACAGCACACAGUCGUCAUCUGAGGAGGCCGGAUUUAAUGACCCCAACUUGCUGGAAAACCUCCAAAAUAAUAACCCCACGGCUCCUGUCAUCCUGGACUUCAUAACCAUGUUGGCCAUCUGUCACACGGCCGUCCCCGAGCACACCGACGAUAAGAUUGUCUACCAGGCUGCCUCGCCAGACGAGGGGGCUCUGGUAAGAGCAGCGGCGAACCUGGGCUUUGUGUUCUCCGGUAGAACCCCAGACAGUGUCAUCAUAAAAGCGCUGGGAGCUGAGGAGAAGUACAAACUGCUCCAUGUUCUAGAGUUCACCAGCACAAGGAAGAGGAUGUCAGUCAUCAUGCGCACUCCAUCUGGCAAAAUCCGCCUCUACUGCAAAGGAGCUGACACGGUGGUCUACGACCGUCUGGCCGACAGUUCCAGGUAUAAAGAGAUCACUCUCAAACACCUGGAGCAGUUUGCCACCGAGGGGCUGCGUACUCUAUGCUUUGCUGUUGCUGAGAUCAGCGAGUCAUCCUAUCAGCAGUGGCUGGAGGUGUUCCACCGUGCCGCCAGCGCCCUGCAGAACCGAGCCCUCAAACUGGAGGAGAGCUAUGAGCUUAUCGAGAAGAACCUGCAUCUUCUAGGGGCCACGGCCAUCGAGGACAAGCUUCAGGACAAGGUGCCUGAGACCAUUGAGACGCUGAUGAAGGCCGACAUCAAGAUCUGGAUCUUGACUGGGGACAAGCAGGAGACGGCCAUCAACAUUGGGUACUCCUGCAAACUUCUGACCAAGAACAUGGGCAUGAUGGUGAUCAAUGAAGCCACACUUGACGCAACCAGGGAGACCCUCAGCCACCACUGUGGAAUGCUGGGAGACGCCCUUCACAAGGAGAACGAUUUUGCCCUCAUCAUCGACGGAAAGACUCUCAAAUACGCCCUUACGUUUGGAGCACGGCAGUACUUCCUAGACCUCGCCUUGUCCUGUAAAGCAGUGAUAUGCUGCAGGGUGUCCCCGCUGCAGAAGUCGGAGGUGGUGGAGAUGGUAAAGAAGCAGGUGAAGGUGAUCACGCUGGCCAUAGGUGACGGCGCCAACGACGUGGGCAUGAUCCAGACGGCGCACGUGGGCGUGGGCAUCUCGGGCAACGAGGGCCUGCAGGCCGCCAACUCCUCCGACUACUCCAUCGCACAGUUCAAAUACUUGAAGAAUCUAUUGCUGGUCCACGGUGCCUGGAAUUACAACCGCGUAGCCAAGUGUAUCCUGUACUGCUUCUACAAGAACAUUGUCCUGUACAUCAUUGAGAUCUGGUUUGCCUUUGUCAAUGGAUUCUCUGGUCAGAUUCUGUUUGAACGCUGGUGCAUCGGCCUGUACAAUGUGAUUUUCACCGCUCUGCCUCCUCUCACUCUGGGAAUAUUUGAACGCUCAUGCAGGAAAGAGAACAUGCUGAAGUACCCGGAACUCUACAAAACCUCCCAGAAUGCCAUGGGCUUCAACACCAAGGUCUUCUGGGCCCAUUGUCUGAAUGGCCUCUUCCACUCGGUCAUCCUCUUCUGGGUCCCCCUCAUAGCCUUCCAGCACGAUACGGUCUUUGGAAAUGGAAAGACCCCGGACUAUCUCCUCUUAGGCAAUAUGGUUUAUACAUUUGUGGUCAUCACCGUGUGCCUCAAAGCUGGCCUGGAGACCUCGUCUUGGACUAUGUUCAGUCACAUUGCCAUCUGGGGCAGCAUCAGCCUGUGGGUGGUGUUCUUCGGUAUCUACUCCUCUCUGUGGCCACUCAUCUCUCUGGCUCCAGACAUGUCUGGCGAGGCGGACAUGAUGUUCAGUUCGGGAGUCUUCUGGAUGGGCCUGGUCUUUAUCCCUGUCACCUCCCUGGUCUUUGACAUGGCCUACAAAGUUGUGAAGAAGGUGUGCUUUAAGACCCUGGUGGAUGAGGUACAGGAGCUGGAAGCCUUGUCCAAGGACCCCGGAGCCGUGGUGCACGGGAAGAGUCUGACGGAAAGGGCACAGCUCCUGAAGAACGUCUUCAAGAAGAGUACCGUGAGUCUGUACCGAUCGGACUCCAUGCAGCAGAACCUGCUACACGGAUACGCCUUCUCUCAAGACGAGAACGGAGUGGUCUCCCAGUCUGAGGUCAUCCGGGCGUACGACACCACCAAACAGCGGACCAACGAGUGGUGAAACCACGCCGCUCUCGGCCAGGACGGCCUAUCGUGAUUCACAUUCGUUUUCCGACAGCGAUUUGAAUCUGAGGGGGGCAGCCUCCGGAUGACCCUAGCCUGAGCGUCUCGGGAUUUUGGACAUGAUAGAGGGAUGUCUUGUACUUGAAAAAGGGAAAAUAACUAGGAACAAAAAAGCAUUCAAAAAGUAUUCACUAUGCUGUAGUUGUGUGUGCAACAGACAUAAGCACUGUGCUUGCAUUUAUUGCAGAGUCUGUGGUCUGAAAUUCCUCACUGUUCCUGCUCAGUCAAAUGUGGUGAAGUGUAACCAUCUUAAUGUUUCCUCCUUUCGUAUUGAUAGAAAAAAAUAUGAGCAUUGAGCCAAAACAAUCUAUAAUUUUGUCAAACAUUUUAAAAAAUGUAAGUAUUUGUACUCCCAUUGGUGACAGAAUCAUCCAGAUUUGUUUUUGAUUAAAUGUAAAAAAUCUCCAAGCAUAUUGACACUCCUGAGUCUAUUCCAGCACUGAAUGGACCACUUCAGAACAGGUAUUUUGUUGUUUUGUUGUUCUUUUGCACUUUGAAAAAAAUGAUCUACUGUAUAAUAAGGCCUUACAUUUUUCCAUGCCUUCAGCCAUCCAUGUUUAUUUUUCUUCAAAAUAUUUAUAUUUUUUAUUUAAGAAGUAUGUAGUUAUUGUGCCUGAAUUGCAUUGUCUUUUAAUGAUAGAGUCCUGCAACUUAGUCCAAUUUAUAAAAAUGUUGUACAGCAGUUUGAUUGCUUUUAACAAGUAAUUGCAUUGCACACAUUACUCGGCUGUAACAAUCACAAUGGUGCCUAACUAGACUUUUUCCCUGAUAGAAUACGUAAGAUAUCCUAGCUAACUAGUUUAGAACAGUGAUCUACCCCUUGAUUGGCAACAUGAGCUCAUUCCCCCCGUAUUGUACUCGUGUACACAAUGUGGUAACAAGUGUGGCACAUAUAAAAUCAAGGUUCCGUUGUUACUUUCUACCGAGUGUUUUGGCUGUAUGACGAUCCUGUUGAAUUUCCAUAUGUGGCAACUUUUCUUUCACAAUCUUAUUUUCCCUUAGAAUGGAGAGUUUAUCCUUUGAACAUAAGUGCCAUUAGCUUAAGGGAGAGAGACAAUUUGCCAGAAAACUCCACACAGUAUCAAAACUACUUUGUCUCUAUAGUUAUUAUGUGAAUUUGUAUUUUUAUAUUGGAGAAGUACGAAUUUUGCAUUGACCGGCUUUGUAAUGAAUUUUUGUCCAUGUUUUUUAUUUGUAAUUUUUUUUAGACAAACAAAAGAAUGCUCAAAUGAUUAAAUGAGGAGAAAGAUCUUUCUUAAAUGUCUUGUUGUUGUUAUUAAUAUCGUUAAAAUAACUGCUUUGUUUAUUUAUUAUUUGACUGUGUGUUUGUUCUCUUCUCCCUAUGGGAGAUCAGUUUCUAGACUGUGUGUGUGUGUGUGAUCUGUCGUCUGCAUGUGCAUCUUCUACUGUGGAUAACUUCUACGUAUGCAUGUCUGUGUCCUUUAUGUCAGACUGGGAGCCCUUGGUACCUCGGGUCUUAUUUUGCAUUAUUUGAGUGUGUGUGUGUUUGUGUGUGUUUCAGGAUCUGUGUGGGUGACUGACUGAAUGACUGACUGUGCAAUACAUGGUUGUCCGUGUGUGUGUGUGUGGUGCUGCUUGCUCCUCUUGUCUGUCUGCACGACUCCAGGUAUAAUGAUGGUGUACUGUCUGCUGCUGCAUGGCUCUCUGUGUGGCCAGACUUCAGCCGUGGUGGUCCUGGGUUCUGACGCUAAGGCUCUCGCUUGACAGGAAAUGUUGAACAAUGCACUCUGUUACCUUUCCAUUAGUGGAUAUUUUGGUAUUAUCUGGUUAUUGUAAAUUCUCUGGGUGUACAUGUUUGUAACUUUUCUUUCUCUCUCAUGGAGUGUACCUCUUCUUUACAACAAUUUUUUGUUUUUUCCUGGUUUUAGUAAAAAUGUAUUUGUUAUGCUAUACUUUCGUGUUUAGAUUGAUUAGUUAUGAACUGCUGUCAUAAUUCCAAAAUGCUGAAUGUGGUUCUUCUGAUGUGAAAUUGGUCUUGGAAGGCUUGAACUGUUGAUUUUUCAAAAACUGUUGUCUGUGAUAGUUGUGGGCUGCAUGAAUGGAUAAAAUAAAACUUUAUUUGGUUAAGUGUUUAUUGUACUACUUUGAUUCUCCCUCAAGUGUUGGUCACUACAGAAAAUAAAUCCACUUUUCAAUUUGUUUGAAUAUCGUUUAUUUUGACGUCUUUCAUUUAAUGAUUGUUCUGCAUGUUGGGACUGCAAACUUUUAAGUGUUCUGUCUUUCACUGCCAUGAAGGACUACUACAAAAAUAAACUUUACAAAAUGGAAA